AUUGAUUUUAAUGCUUUCCCUAGGGUGACCUUCACAGAAACUCCUAAAGGCUUCAAAGAACUCAUUUGAGGCAAAAUAAAGGAAAUAAGCUGUGCCGAUAAAGUAAAAUGGAUCCUUGUUCAGUUGGAGUUCAGCUUCAAGCUACCAACGAGUGCCAUAAGACCUAUUACACCCGUAACACUGGCUUCAAGACUAAACAGGAUAUAUCUUCAUCUGACCUCCUGCUGCUUCAGCUUAGGACUGGCAUUACUCUCUCAGAGAACAACACAAUCUGCUUCCACCAUGCCAAAAUUUACAUUGAAAGAUUUGAAGACUUACAAAAAUCCUGCUGUGAUCCCUUUAACAUACACAGAAAACUGUCCAAGAAAAACCUGCGAGCAGUUGACUUAGAUGAUGCAGCUUUUCUGAGUGCCAAGUUUGGAAGACAGUUUGUUCCUGGUUGGAAGCUUUGUCCCAAAUGCAUGCAGAUAAUAAAUGGAACUGUGGAUGUGGAACCUGAGGAGCGACAAAGAAGAAAACUGGAUCCAGAUGGGCGUACAGCUAAGGCUUUAAAGUCACUCCAGUUUGCUAACCCAGGACGACAGACUGAGUUCACUCCAGAGACCAGUAAAAGGGAAAAAAGAAGGCUGCAAACAAAAAUAUCAAUGUUUAAUUCAGACAGGCAGGUGAUCCCAGCCAAGAGCAAGGUGUAUGACAGCCAGGGCCUGCUGCUGCACAAUGGGAUGGACCUGUGUGACUGCCUGGACGAGGACUGCCUGGGCUGCUUCUACGCCUGCCCCAAGUGCGGCUCCAACAAGUGCGGCACCGAGUGCCGCUGCGACCGCAAGUGGCUCUACGAGCAGAUCGAGAUCGAGGGGGGGGAGAUCAUCAGGAACAAGCACAUGGGCUAGUGUGUGUGCAGAGCUUCAUGCUGCCUGUGUGCUCCCUGCUUGCUGUCACACAGCACAGUCAGUGUUCAGCAGUGUGAUGAAGCUGUUGGAAUUUGUCACCAUCCGCUCUCGGUGUGAUUAGGGACGCAGCCAUAGUGCUGUUUCUCACACUUGAGUUACAUUGUACUGAGGCUUCUUAGUCGUCCAGGUGAGAUCUCACUGAACAGCUGUAUUCAAGUACAAGAUGCUAAAUUCUGAUGUAAACUAUCCUGAGCCACUCACUGUUCUUUCACUCAUUGUUUUAUACAAUGAACCAUCUCCGUGUAUCCCUCGUUUCUCCUUCUCAAAUUCAGGAUCUCCGUCUGUUUUAUGUGAAAUGCUAUGAAAGUUCUCAGUGAAUUUACAAGCAGCAUUAAUAAAGCUCUCUCUCUAGUAUUAAUAGUGAAUGCUGUAUCUUCUAUAGAGUAUUGAAGCUACAUCUGAUCAGUCCAAUCCUGUUCACUUUAAAAGGAGCCAAAAGCAUUUAGGUG